AAUUUUUUACAUAUGACAAUUUACGUAAUACUAAAGUUGAACAGCUGUUGUAUCUUCGGUCGCCACGUGAUUGGCUUGACAAAAUGACAGGUGUGUGGCGUUUGGACACUUUGCCAUCUGAUGUUUUGAUUUUAAUUUUCGAUUAUUGCCAUGCGUUUGAUUUGGUGCGACUUAGUGAAGUAUGUACACGUUUCUACGAUAUUAUACGGGAAGAAACACUUUGGAUUAAGAAGAGUAAACAACCGAUUGUGACAAAUCAAACUUCGAGACAAUUUCGCGAAAGAUGCAAUUCAUUACUAUGUUUGCGUACAAAGUGGCAUGUUUCAAACAAUUGGCAAUAUGGUAAAUAUGAGAAGAAAAUUCUCUUCUCUCAAAACAGAAAACUUAUACCAAGGAUUCAAUUAACCAAAGAUAUUUUAUGGUGGAGUGGUGGAAAUCAAUUGUAUGGUUUUAGACGUAUAGAACCAUUUCAAGAAAAUAAUCGCAUAUUUAUUAGUGAUAAUGUUAGAAGUGAUAUAUGCAAAUUUAUUGUCAAAAAUGAAUAUAUUAUUACAGGUCACAGAGAUGGAAGUAUACAAUUUUGGACAAAAUCACAAUGUGAUCAAAAUAUAGGUUUUUACUUUAGUAUAGAUAGAGCACAUACUAGAAAUGUAAAUGCAUUAGAUGAAACUUUUAGUGCAAUUAUAUCAGGUUCUAGUGAUGGAACUGUGAAGAUUUGGGGUCCUGUUGGACAAAAGAUUUUAAAUGUACCUCUGGCAACAAUAAACAUUGAGGAGUGGGUAUGUUCUCUUUCAGCAGAUCCAACAAAUAAAAAAAUUGCUGUAGGUUCUGCUGGUGAUAGUGAUAGACCCUAUCUUCAUAUAUUUGAUCUUGAAUAUUAUACUGAAUCUGAUAUAUUAAAGCCAGAUAAAAGAAGAUGUGCAGGAACAUUAGAUAUGGUUUGGGAUAGUCCUCAAAUUCUACUUACCUGUGGAUAUGAUACUUAUGUCCGAAAAUGGGAUUUAAGAACGGGAACAUGUGUGUAUUCAUGGCCAGAUCCAACAGAUGCAACUUUAUAUUGUAUAUCAUCAGAUUAUCAGUAUACUAUGAUCACUGGAACUAAAUUUAAUUGCAAAGCUGUUCUCUGGGAUCAAAGACAGAAAAAUUAUGUACAAUUCUAUUUCAUGAAUCUUCGUAGAAUGUCCAGUCCCGUUUAUUCUCUAAGUUUUGAUAAUACAUAUUUAUAUGGAGCAACAGAUCAACAUUUAGUUGAAUUAAAAUUCUCAGGAUAUGCUUACAAAGAAUCUAACUAUAAAGAAAUUCUUAAAUAUGGACAAUUAGGAACAAAUAGAACUGGUUCAAACUGGAUUGUAUAAAUAAAUGCAUAAUAUUGAAUACAAAAUAAGAAAUAUUGACUGAUAUAGAUUAAAAUAUUUUACUUUUUUCAAUGUUGGAAAAUUAAUUGUAGAUUAAAAAGUCACAAUUGCAAUAAUUAUUAACACUUUAUUAUGUUAACAAGUAUUAAUUUUUAUAAGAUUCUUUUUUUAAAAACAAUCAUUAUAAAAUGUAAGAAAUUUGAUUUACUAUAUGAAUAUUGCACGAUCAUUCAUAAAUUGUAAUUAAUAUAUCACUCAAAUAGCUUUCAAUAUCUAUUAUAUAAGAAACUUCGUAAUUUCACAAAAUUUAAAGGCAAAAGUUUGUAAUACGCAAAAAUAAAUAUAUUUAUCCAAACAGA